UCCCUUAAUAGCUCGUUAAUCACCUAGCUUCCAUCACAUUUGGGAUAGUGUUAGGUGAUUCCAACAGUCAAGCUCAGUCUAGGGUGGUUUUUACAGAUGCAAUUUGCGUAAGCAAUUUCAGUUCUACAAUACUGACAAUAUUUUUCAUAACUAUCAAAAUUCAAAAUCCAAAUCAAAAGGCAGAUCCAAAGUUAAUCUACGAUCGCUUUUGUUUGCCCUUUUCCCUGAUCUCUUUUUGAUGAGCAAGACGCUAUUAAUUUUGAUGAGAAUAUCGGACCAAACCCUUUUCCCCAAAUACUCUCCAAGGCCCUUACGUGUGUGACCAGAGCAGUCGCUUUUAAAAUUAAUGGACAAAUUCGUAAUUAUAUCAAAAUUUAGGGACUGAAAAAAUAAUUUUUCCAAAAAUAAACCUAAACCGAGAAGUUGAUUUACCGCACAUUCUCUCGAACCAGAAAACGCACGGCCGCCGCCCCACCCCGCCCCCCUUCUCUUGGUCCUGCGUCUGUCACCGUCGCCGCUGCUGCUGGCCCUCAGUCACGCUGUUGUCUCGCCGCUGAAGCUCUUUAAUCGCAGUCGCCGCUCUCUCGACUCUACUCCUGUCUCGCUCUGCAAUCCCUCCUCCAUCGCCGCUGCUUCUGCCUACCACGGUCACGACACAGGUAAAAGGGGGAUUUUUUUUCCUGGUGGCGAUGAUUUACACUGCAAUUGAUAACUUCUACUUAACCGACGAGCAGUUACAGAACUCGCCCUCUAGGAAAGAUGGAAUUGAAGAAGCCACUGAAACUACCCUGAGAAUCUAUGGCUGUGACCUGAUCCAAGAAAGCGGCAUUUUACUCAAACUUCCCCAAGCUGUGAUGGCCACUGGUCAAGUUCUGUUCCAUCGUUUCUAUUGCAAGAAGUCAUUUGCCCGAUUUGAUGUCAAGAAAGUUGCAGCUAGUUGUGUAUGGCUUGCAUCUAAACUAGAGGAAAGCCCUAGGAAAUCGAGGCAAGUCAUCAUUGUUUUUCAUAGAAUGGAAUGCAGGAGGGAGAAUUUACCUAUAGAAUUUUUGGACCUGACUUCUAAGAAAUUUGCAGAGUUGAAGGUAGAACUGAGCAGAACAGAAAGACACAUAUUAAAAGAGAUGGGUUUCGUUUGUCAUGUUGAGCAUCCCCACAAAUUCAUUUCAAACUACCUUGCUACCCUUGAAACACCUCCAGAACUGAGACAAGAAGCUUGGAAUCUUACAAAUGAUAGUUUGCGUACAACCUUGUGUGUUCGUUUCAAGAGUGAGGUUGUGGCUUGUGGGGUUGUAUAUGCUGCAGCUCGUAGGUUCCAAGUACCCCUUCCUGAGAAUCCACCAUGGUGGAAGGCAUUUGAUGCAGAUAAAUCUGGGAUUGAUGAAGUUUGUAGAGUUCUGGCUCACUUGUAUAGCCUUCCCAAGGCGAAAUACAUUUCAGUCUGCAAGGAUGGAGAUUUUUCUUUUUCUAGCAAGUCUUCAGAUUCACAAGUGCAACCAGUUCCAAAGGAAGUUCCGCAGGUUGGAUCACCAGCUAAUGAUGUUGUUGCUCCCAAGUCAGCCCCACCUGUUGUUAGUGCUGAAUCUGGGGGUUCUAAGGGUGCAAUAAAAGCAGCCCUAGACAAGCUGAAGGAAGCCAAGAAGAAUGAUGAUGAGUCCAAGUCUGCAAAUGGAGAGGCAAGAGAUGAGCCCAUUCCAAGGUCCAAGUCUGAGCACAGAACAGAGGCAAGUGGGGACAGGAGCAAGGAGAGGGACAGGGAUAGGGACAGAGAUCGCGACAGGGAGAGAGAGAGGGAUAGAAUGAAGGUCCAGGAUCGUGAGAGGGGUAGAGAUUCUGAUAGGGAAAGAGAGCGUGAGGAGACUGAGCGAGACAGAGAUAAAUCCAAGGAUCGAGUUCAUCGUGCUAAGGAUAGAGGAAAGGAUUCAGGACAUUUAGAGAAAUCAAGAUAUCUUUCAUCACGUGAUCGUGAUUAUCACAGCUCUUCUUAUUCUUCGAGGGAGAAGGAUCGUCACAGGCAUCACUCAUACGGUUGAAGCUCCCAUUGAGUUGCGCAACCUGUUGUAGCAGCUGUCACAAACACACUAAUUGUAAAUGACUUUCUUUUCUUUUUGACACAUACAGUGUGCAGGCUAGUGAACAGACACUGGAUUUGCUUGCCAUGCAAUCGUGAGCAAAGUUUCUUUCUUCCAGUCCCCUCCAUUUAUAAUAUCCUGCUGAUUACCGAAACACAAGACAGUUGAUCGAUGUGGUAACCACAGCGGGUUAUUUUCUAUUACCUAUGUAAUGUAGAAUAAUCUAUUUUUCAGUUUUAAAUAUAAGUCGGUCUACAUUCUAAAACA